AAGAAGACGUCAGCGGAAGUGGAAGUGGAUAGACAGUCUGUACCGAUUGCUAGCUUACUACUAUCCAUCACCAACAACAGCCUUAACCAUAGCGUAAUAUUUUUUUAAGAAUUGAGGUUAAAUUUGUAUCGUUCGCGCAUGGUAGAUACUUCAGCGGCAACACAAGUCCGCGGAUUAUAUAAAUUUGCUAUUUUAUGCUGUUUUGUGAAAAAGUUACGUUCCUUAGCAAUGGUAACGUUAGCAAUAGCUUUUAAGCUAGCUGGAAGCGGAAUCCUUGGAUAGUAACGGCGCCGCAUCACUCUUCCUGUCCGGUCCUGUGAAUGAACGAAUCGUAUUCACCUUUAAUUAAUACGUUGUGGCACUCGUUAACUAAACGCGUAGUAAGCCAUGGCUACUGGUGCAGAUGUCAGGGACAUUCUGGAGCUGGGUGGAGGGGAAAACGAUGGUCCCAUCAGUAAGAAAGACCUCAUCAAUUCAGACAAGAAAAAAAACAAGAAGUCCACAGAAACGCUGACCUUCAAGAGACCAGAGGGAAUGCACAGAGAGGUCUAUGCUCUGCUCUAUUCAGAUAAGAAAGACGCACCCCCUCUCCUGCCAAGUGACACGACUCAGGGCUACCGAACGGUUAAAGCAAAACUUGGCUGUAAAAAAGUACGUCCUUGGAAGUGGAUGCCCUUUACGAAUCCAGCUCGCAGAGAUGGCGCUAUAUUCCACCAUUGGAGACGUGUGGCAGAGGAGGGCAAAGACUACCCUUUUGCCCGCUUCAACAAAACCGUGCAGGUACCCGUGUACUCGGAGCAGGAGUAUCAAGUUCACCUUCAUGACGAUGGCUGGACUAAAGCUGAAACAGACCACUUAUUUGACUUGUGCAAACGCUUUGACCUGCGGUUUAUUGUUGUUCAUGAUCGUUAUGACCAUCAACAAUACAGAAAACGUUCUGUGGAAGACCUGAAAGAAAGGUAUUACAGUAUAUGUGGUAAACUGACAAAAGUUCGUGCAGCUACAGGGACAGAGCCCAAGAUUUACAUCUUUGAUGCUGGUCAUGAAAGACGGCGCAAAGAGCAACUAGAGAAACUCUUUAAUCGAACACCUGAGCAAGUGGCAGAAGAGGAAUAUCUUAUUCAGGAGUUAAGAAAGAUAGAGAACAGAAAAAAAGAGCGGGAGAAGAAGGCCCAGGAUCUUCAGAAACUCAUUAAGGCAGCUGAUACAACCACAGAGCUACGACGAGCUGAAAAGAGAGUUUCCAAGAAAAAGCUCCCACAAAAAAGAGAAACAGAAAAACCGGCUGUUCCAGAGACUGCAGGCAUCAAAUUCCCUGACUUCAAAUCAGCGGGAGUCACACUGCGCAGUCAGAGGAUGAAACUUCCAAGCUCAGUAGGCCAGAAGAAGAUCAAGGCUAUUGAGCAGAUCCUGAUAGAGCAAGGAGUGGACCUUAACCCAAUGCCCACUGAAGAGAUUGUACAGAUGUUCAAUGAGCUGCGUAGUGACCUGGUGCUGCUGUAUGAGCUUAAGCAAGCCCACAGCAAUUGUGAAUACGAGCAACAGAUGUUACGUCACCGCUACGAGGCACUACUGAAGGCUGGCACUGGAGGUGGGUGUGGAGGAACUAUAGGGACCGGACUCACUGCUGCAUCACUGGGUGGUGAACUCAACGCCACCAACAGCAUUACACUGUCAACCCCAGGGGGUGAAGCUCUGUCUUGGCCCAACACAGAUGACAUCAAGGUGGAAGCCAAGGAACAGAUCAUUGAUGUUGUAGGAGCACCCCUUACCCCUAACUCACGCAAACGGAGAGAGUCAGCAUCGAGCUCCUCUUCGGUGAAAAAGGUAAAGAAGCCUUGAUGAGGACAAGAAGAAGCUGAUAUAUAGUGUAGAGGCAAAAAUCAAUAAAAGCGCCAAAGUUGUC